UGAAGAAGAACAUUUCUUUUGAUGAAAUGGCUUUUGUCUGUGGUUGUCAACUGGGUUUUAUAAGACACACGCACCGGCCGGAUCGGAUCCUCCUGCCUGCCCAGGACAAUUUGUGUCAGAGCCGUGUUUCUCGGGCUCCAAUAGUACUUUCUCCCUCCACAAGAUCACAACACAGCACCUUGCGCGCUUUGUGUCAGAGACCAAAUCUUGCUCCUUCCUUCUCCCUCCCCCACCCUACCCUAUCAUCACCAUCAUCCUCCAACCUGAACCCAUUCCUCUCCUGCCUUUUAAGCCACGCUCCCCCACACCCCCGCCUACGCCUCCUCUCCUCUCCUCCAUCUCUUCGUCGAUCUUCGGCAGUUCGGCUUCUCGCUGCGAGGUUGAGGGUGCGCCGGCCGGCUGUUUCAUGGACGCAAAGGGCGCGCCUUUACCCACCCAGCCGAGCCCUAACCCUAGCCGGCUCGCCAGCGGCAGCGCCUCCGCCGCCGACGCGCCCAAGCCCAUGCUGGCGUUCCACUUCCUGCGCGCGCUCUCCCGCGUGCACGCCGGCCCGGCCAGGCGCCGCACGCGCACCAUCAGCCGCGCCGCCUACUCCUCCAUGGCGCGCGCCGCCGGCCCUCGCCGGGCCUGGAGCCGCGCGCUGCUGCGCCAGGCCCAGGCGCGCAGAUCCGCCACGUUGGCGUCCAGGCGGACCGCCGUGCUCGUGCGGAGGCGCGUCGCCGCCGGACCGGCGCCGCCGCUUGCGCUGCCGCGCCUCACCGGCAGGAGCAGCGGCAGCAGCGGAGAGACUUCCGCGGCUCGGGCGGCGCUCCUCCCGCCUCCGUCCCCGGCGCCGAGGCAGGCGGGCGAGCCGGCCAGGAGCGACGCGCUGCGGCGGCUCGUCCCGGGCGGCGCCGGGAUGGAGUACUGCAGCCUGCUGGAGGAGACCGCCGACUACGUGCGCUGCCUCCGCGCGCAGGUGCAGCUCAUGCAGGGACUCGCCGACCUCUUCUCAUGCCAAUGAUCCAUCCGAGUAAUCCUAAAUUAUUCCCUUCUCCUUGCGCAACACCAUCACCCUAUUGAUCGAUUGAUCGAUGCUGGGUCAUAUCGACCGAUCGUUGAUCGAUCGAUCUCGUGUGCUAGCUCAUGCGACAAGCUAGAGAGGAUCGAUUCAUCUCGGCCGGUGCAUGCUGUACGCGUGCAUCUUGAUUCAUCAAGAUGGAGGAUUACUCGCAGGCAGGCCGGCCGGGAGAAAUUAGGUGGAGGAGGAGACUGGCCGAGUAUACGUGCUCAGUUGGUAAGGUUAUUGUUGUUACUAGUAGGUGAGCAAAUAGUGGGUAUAUGCAUUUGUAUAGCUUGGGUACACAUUGGAACCACACCAAGGAACACAUAGGAAGGUAAUUAAUUGUAACAUAUAAAGAGAAGAAUCGAUAUGGAGUUACAUACUACUGUGAUUAAUUAGUAAAUUUUUCUGCAUAUAUAUGAGUUCCUGGUUGUCUUGAACUAUAUAUGAUGAUACCAUGGCAUGUGCAAUCUUGUAGCUACACAUGUAGGUUAUGGAGCAUAUAUAUACAAAUACACUUCCCUAUAUGUUCCUUUUCC